AUAUUAACUCUAAUAACGAACUGUUGUUUGAUCAAGAAAAUAAUUCAAACCUGAAAAUUAUCAGUGAUCGUGAAUUUGAGGAACUGUCAGAAGCCCUUAUAGAUAAUGAGUUUGAGGUGAAUAAUGAGUUAGAUAAACUGUCAAAAA